GGGAGGAAAGGGGGAGGACAGGGGCUUCUUGUCCUCUUCAUCACCGGCAGAUUCCUCAGCUGGUGGGCGGCGCACAUCUGACCGGUGGACCCAGGCAUUCUGCGGCGGAUGGAUGCGGUAGCUCAAGGGGAUGCCAUUGGACGGCGGGGUGAUUUUUCUGCAGGAAAUAAAGCGCGUCGGAUGGUGUAGUAGGUGAAAAGUGCAUGAAGACAACAGGCCCGUCUUUGUCUGGAAAGCACACAGGAUGCAAAUGAAGACGCAGACGCAGAAGACUGUCAGCUACUUUCUCCUCCCAGAAACAAGUGUUUGAUUUCCAGGCUGUCAGUUUUCCUCUGUUUGUGGAUGUGAAAGUGUCCAAACAGAGCCAGUCCAGGUGUGAAUGCGUCUGUUGGAUGGAACAGCCAAAGUGUCCAGUGCGCAAAUACGCACUCAGGAUGCACUAGUGGAUGACAUCAAGAGAGGUGAUGCAAUUCUGUUGUCACUGAAAGCUGUCAUUUCUGAUUUACCACAGAGGCCUAGCAGGACGCACACGGACCCAGUCCACUGUGACGGAUUAAAGGCCUUGUAAACACUCACAUCCACCUCAUCUUCCGGCUUAUGCCUCUACAACAACCACAACCACAACCACUGACACUCUUUCUUCCGGUAGAUGCUGUUAUCGCUGACUCUCUUCCUGUCGUGGAUCUAUCGACAAUUCUCCAUCAUGUUCAGUUCCGACAGACUCACAGUUCCAGAUUAUGUCAGCCGGCUCCAGAGCAGGAGGAGCGGAUCCUCCGACCCCAGAGCGGUCUCUCCGGGGAUCAACGCCGAUGUGCAGGCGGUUCUGGACACCUCUCUGCCCGCCCUGCGCAGCGCCAUCAGGACGCUGAAGACGUCCAAGGAUACUUCUGGAUCAGAUGAGACCCGCAGGGCCAUCGCUGAGAUCUAUCAGCUGGUGGAAGAGGCCUGGGUUCUGCCCACAGUGGGGCGUCAGGUGGCCGAGGAGAUCUGCAACAGGAUCCGGCUGGAUGGAGGCCUGGAGCAGCUGCUGCAGCUCCAACAGACUCCUGCUGUGGACAUCACCUAUGAGUCUGCAAAACUACUGGAGCAGAUACUCAUCUCUGAGAACAGAGAUUACGUGGCUCGGAUGGGUCUGGGGGUCAUCCUGAACCUGACGCGACAGCAGGAGGACGCUCAGCUGGCCCGUAGUGUGUCUGGCAUCCUGGAGCACAUGUUCAAACACACCGAGGAGACGUCCGUCCACCUCAUCUCCAACGGGGCCCUGGAUGCCCUCCUCUUCUGGUGCCGUGGUACAGAUCCCACUGUGCUGCGUCACUGCGCCGUGGCCCUGGCGAACUGUGCCAUGUACGGGGGCCACCGAUGCCAGCGAUGGAUGAUAGAGAAACAGGCAGCUGAAUGGCUUUUCCCUCUCGCUUUUUCCAAAGAGGAUGAACUCAUACGCUUCCAUGCAUGCCUGGCUGUAACUGUGUUAGCUGCAAACAGAGAAAUUGAGAAAGAGGUGGUGAAAUCUGGGACUUUAGAAUUAGUAGAACCGUUCAUCGCGUCUUUGGAUCCGGAUGACUUUGCCCGCAGUUUACUGGACAGUGCAGACUGUAUGCAGGGGAAGACGGCGUCUGAUCUGCAACACCUGUUGCCGCUGCUGGAUGGCACAAGACUGGAGGGAAAGUGUAUCGCAGCUUUUUAUCUUUGUGUGGAGACCAGCAUUAAGUCCCGUCAACGCAACACCCGGAUAUUUCAAGAGAUUGGAGCAGUGCAGAGCCUCAAAAGAAUCGUCAUGUACUCCAGUAAUGGUACAGCUUGUGCUCUUGCCAAGCGAGCGCUAGGCAUGAUGGGAGAGGAAGUGCCAAAGCGCAUCCUGUCAUGUGUCCCGAACUGGAAAACCUGUGAGGUGCAGACCUGGCUGCAGCAGGUUGGCUUCAGUGCAUAUUGCGAUCGUUUCCAGGAGCUCCAGGUGGAUGGAGACCUCCUGCUGAACAUCACAGACCAGGAUCUGAUCCAUGAUCUGGGCAUGACUGCAGGUCUCACCCGCAAGAGGUUCCUGAGAGACCUGCGUGUGUUGAAAACAUACGCCAACUACUCCACAUGUGACCCGAACAAUAUGGGCGACUGGUUAGCAGAGGUGGACCCUUGUUUCCGCCAGUACACCUAUGGCUUGGUGCAGUCAGGUGUGGAUCGCUACAACGUCCAGCACCUGACUGACCAGCAGCUGGAGCGUGACUGCCUCAUCCUCAACGGAGUCCACAGGGCCAAGAUACUGGCUACAAGUCGCAAACCGCUAAAGCCGUGCCACACAGACGCCCAGCCUGCAGGACCUGACGUGUUCAUCAGCUACAGGCGGACGACCGGAUCCCAGCUGGCCAGCCUCCUGAAGGUGCACCUCCAGGUUCGAGGGUACAGUGUUUUCAUAGAUGUAGAGAAGCUGGAGGCCGGCAAAUUUGAGGACAAACUGAUUCAGAGUGUUCAACGGGCCCGGAACUUCAUCCUGGUCCUGUCUGCCAACGCAUUGGACAAGUGUAUGGGAGACACUGCCAUGAAGGACUGGGUGCAUAAGGAGAUCGUCACAGCCUUGGCCGGGAAGAAGAACAUCGUUCCUGUCACUGAUAAUUUUACGUGGCCUGACCCCAUGUCUCUGCCAGAGGACAUGAGAUCAAUUCUAAACUUCAAUGGCAUCAAAUGGUCUCAUGAAUACCAGGAGGCCACAAUUGAGAAGAUCCUACGUUUUCUGAAAGGAAACCAAGAUCAAGUUGACGGUCCUGACUGUGCUAAAGGACUGAAGAAAAAAUAAUCACCUCUCCUGAGCUCUAACAACUUCCAGCGAUGCCAAAUUUCACAUGGCCGACAGAGAACGGGCCGGCAGCCUUUGCUGCGCCCACAUGCAUGUGAAACAAAUUGGAUAAAACAAAAAAAGUGGUAUGUGACAUAACGUAAUGCAAAUAAUAAUAUUAAAAAGGGAUUUCAGAUUGUAUAUACUAAACUCUAAGCCUUUAAUGUUAGUAUCCUCAUACAGCUGUAAAUGUGUAAUCAGGUACAGUAUCUGCCUUCUGUCUCAGGAAAAUGACUGUGAUUAACCUGCCGUCACUGGCACCCAGCAAAACCAUCAAUAGCAAUUUAUGAAGCAUCCACUGAUAUUUACGUUUCCUUAAAUGUUAGAAGCAAUCAUUUGUCUUAACUACUUCUGUCAUAUGCAUUAGAUGGACCAAAGCAGGUCUCUGACUUUGCCAACCUGUCUGUGUUGUGUUUUUAUAUUUGAGCUUAGGUAGAAAGGAGACUAUUGAGUUCAUUACAAAAUAAAAACAGCUAAAUGUUAUCUGUGCCUGACAUAAUCCAGGAAGUAAUUAGCAACAGCACAUCAUUCUAACUUUACCAAAUGCAAAUACAAUGUGUGGGUAAUGAAAAAACCCCAUGGAGCUGGUAGUUUCCCUGAUAUCCCCGUUGUGAUGGAUUCUUAAGUAUAUUACAACACAUUAAAGUGAUGUGUUAAUACCAGUAUGAUAUGGUCUCAUUCCCCACAGUGAUAUGUCUGCUGAAUAAUAAAUGAUCUGCCUUGCAAGUGAAAA